UAUAAAUUAAUAAUGUUAGGAUUACACUAAAACUAUAUUUUUUUAUUAAUUUAUAAAUAUAUUAAUUUAUUAAUAUACUAAUUGAACCAAAAACUCAAUUUGAAGUAUAAAAUUAUAUUAUUUUAUAGAGAUUUUUAGUGUAUAUUAAUUUAUAGAGUAUUAAUUUAAAGAGGUUACUGUAUGUAACCACUUCAAAUCAUCAUCAAACCGACUAAGCGAUGUUAUAUCUCCAUUCGUCUAACACCUUGUGCUUGCGAUAUCCAUUAGUACAUUUCUACAAGGCGAGACCACAUGUUCUUAUGCUCAACCUUAUGUUGUUACAUAACGAGAUAUGGUUUUUAAACUGGGUAUGUUUCGCCUAUAGGUGGAUGUGGACGAGAGCUUGGCAUUGGCGAAAGCAGAGAGCAUCAAGAAAGUUCCAACGUUUAAGAUAUAUAAAGAGGGAGAGAAAGUGAAGGAAAUGGUGUGUCCUAGUCACAAGUUACUUGAGGACUCAGUUACACAUUUCCUCUUAUAAGAAAUCUUUCUUCUCUUGGCUUGACUUCUGUGUUUAUAUAGAGUGGCAUCUAUAGAGCUUAGAAGUUAUAACGACUUGGCUUUUGUGUUUUAAUAAUGUUAGUAGCAUCCAAUGAAGUCAACACUGUUAUAUGAUUCCAAUAAGUCAAUGUGUAUACGUUGUUGCAAUUUGAACUUUCUAGUUUCAAACAUAAAUGCAAUUUGAACAUUUUGAAUUGGUUAGGGGACAGAGAACACACAAUUUUUUUUUGAAAAAGGUCGUAACGUUUGAUUUUUCUGUUGAAGAACAUGAAAUAAAGGCAAACAGCUUUAUAGUAAACAGUGCAGUGCAGUGUGUACCAAACACUAAAUGUUAGUAUUUUAUAGUCUUUUAUUUUAUUGAUGCUGAAUCCCUUUUGAAGUAUUUGUUAUAUGCUCAUUUGGUUAUCAUAGAUAUAUCUAUCCUUCUAUACUUGUAAAAUUUUAAUUACUUGAAAGUUAAAAUUUACAAACUAGUACAAAAAUCAAAUCAAAAUACUAAGAAUCUUAACCUUUUAAUCAUAUCAUUAUAAUAAUCCCAUCUCAAACUGUCAAUUAUCAUUACAUAUAAUCUCAUAUCAAAUCGAAUUAUCAAUCUGUUCCAGACAUAUCUCUACCAUCAAUGUUCCAAAACGAAAUAUUUUCAAAAACAGAGAGAGAGAGAGAGAGAGUUAAAAGAGAUUUUGACCACUAAAAGAGACAAAUCACAAAAAUACAACCAUGGUUAAAAUUUGAGCCCAUAAGUUCAAAGAAAAUGAAUUACGGGCCGAAAGAGUCAGGCCCAUUAACUACCAGGGCACAGAAUCAGCAACGUAUAAAUCUUUAAAUCACACCCUUCUUCCCUCUCUCCCUCUUCCUUAAAACCCUAAUCUCAAUGACCACCACCGUAGCAUCGCCGCCGCACCACCCAGAGGAACUUGUUCCAUCUUCAAGAGUAAGCCCCAAGACCGUCGACACCGCCGUCACCGCUCUACUCAAAUGGAGAAGCGAGAAAUCAAAAACAGAGAAGCCACAGCUCCUGGAGCAAGACGAGUUCAUCUACCUAAUCAUCACCUUAAAGAAAAUCCCCCAAACAAACCGCACGAAGCCUCACCGCAUCCCCCUCCCUCACCCUCUCAUCAACACCUCCGAAGACUCCUCCUCCUCCUCCUCCCCCGAGCUCUGCCUCAUCAUCGACGACAGGCCUAAAAGCGGUUUAACGAAAGAAGACGCGAAGAAGAAGAUCGAAUCCGAUAACGUCCCGAUCACGAAGAUCCUCAAGCUCUCGAAGCUCAGGAGCGAUUACAAGGCCUUCGAGUCGAAGCGCAAGCUGUGCGAUUCCUACGAGAUGUUCUUCGCGGACCGGAGAGUGAUCCCUCUCCUGCCGAGGCUGAUCGGGAAGAAGUUUUUCACUUCCAAGAAGUUACCAGCAGCUGUUGACUUGAAGCAUAGGAACUGGAAGGAGCAGGUGGAGAGGGCGUGCGGGUCGGCGAUGUUCUUUGUGAGGACGGGGACGUGUAGUGUGGUGAAGGUUGGGAAGUUGUGUAUGGAAGGGGGUGAGGUUGUUGAGAAUGUGAUGGAGACUUUGAGUGGGGUUGUUGAGGUGUUGCCGGGGAAGUGGAAGUAUGUUCGGUCGUUGCAUUUGAAGUUGGCGGAGAGUGUGGCGUUGCCUGUGUAUCAGAGUGUGCCGGAUUUGAAGAUGAAGAUUGAUGGUGGGAAUGGGAAGAGUGUUGUUGUUGUUAAGGAAGAGGGGGAGAAGAGUGGUGUGGUGAAAGGGGAGAAGAAGAAGAAGGGGAGGAUUCAUGAGGUUAGGUAUAUGGAUAGUAAUGUCUCUGAGGUGCUUGAUGAUGAUGAGAUUGGUGAUGUUGAGGUGAGUAAUGAGGUUGUUGAGUCCGGUGGUGGUAAGAAGAAGAAGAGGAAGAAGGUGAGUGAGGUUGCAGAGGCUGAGAAACCUAAGAAGAAAGUGACCAAGGCCAAGGGGAAGGUGAAAGAGAAUGAGUUAAAGCCGAAGGAGAAGACAAAGGUUACGAAACAAGAGUCUUUGACGACACCUAAGAGGAAGAAGAGUGUGGUUAGAAAGUAAGGAAAUGGAAGAUCUUCAUGGUUUUUGCUUAUGUUUUUUUAAAUUGUAGUGCUGAUUACAUUGUGUUGUCUUCCAUUUCUUGUACUGAUGCUUCUCUUGCAUGUGGAGGAAACAUACGCCUGUUAUCAGUUUUGAACCUUUAUUAUUUGACUUUCAUUAUAAACAAGUGUUUCAAUA